AUUGAACUACAACUCAAAACAUUUAAAUAAAAUAUAUUAGAAAUUAGUUGCAAACAAAACAUAAACAUGACAACAGUAGAUUUUAGCACAAAUUUCCAAACGAAAUGGAAUUUGUGGGGAGAACAAACACAAGCAGUAUGGGAUAAACUAUUGGAUAAAACUACUGACGAUCCUAGUUUAGUAUGGAUUUUUGGUACCUCUUUAGUGAUGUUAGUUUGCUACUGGAGUUAUGCUGCAUUUUUCACCUUUAUCGAUAUUACAAAUAAGCCACGUUGGAUUUUAAAAUAUAAAAUUCAGCCGGGACAAAAUGAACCAGUAGAUAAGCAAAAAUUAUGGAAGGCCAUCAAACAAGUGCUAUUCAAUCAAAUAGUUGUCACAACCCUGGGACUCUAUAUUGGAAAUUUACUAGUCUUCCAAUACCGUACAACUGCCAGCAUACGUCAAUUGCCCACAAUGAAAACGUAUCUUAUCGAUUUAAUACUAAUGACUCUACUCGAAGAAGUACUAUUCUAUUAUGCUCAUCGUUUGCUACAUCAUCGUUCGAUUUAUAAAUAUUUUCAUAAAAAACAUCAUGAAUGGACUUCUCCAAUUGCGGUCAUGACUUUCUAUUGUCAUCCGGUGGAACAUAUUUUGAGUAAUUUUGGUCCCAUAGCUUUACUGGCGGUUGCACUUAAUGUACAUGUUGUUGUGGCUUGGACUUUUGCUGUGAUAGCAAUUGUUAAUUCAAUGACUGAUCAUACAGGUUUUUAUUUGCCUUUUCCAUUUUCAAAGGAUUCGGUGUUAUUCCAUGACUAUCAUCAUGCCAAAUUCAAUUACAACUUUGGAGUCUUUGGUUGGUUGGAUAAACUCCAUGGUACCUACAGAGAGAUGAAAUUUGACAAGACCCAAACUAAAACUGCAACAAAAAAACUAAAGUCGAAAAAAUAAAACGAUAACAAUUAACAUAUAACAAAAAUCUGAAAUAUUUACUUAAAAUUUAGAAAAUUGAGUGGAUAGCUUUUUUCAGGUUAGAGCAAGAACAUGACAAAUACGUUUUACUCAAACAAAAAAGCAUGGUAAAAAAAUAUUAGAUUAUUUUUCAGCCAUGCAAAAAAGUAUAUUAUUUUUCUCUUUAACUUCCAAAAUACAAUUCCACAAGGACAAUGUUUUGCUUUAUAAUCUAAUCCUGUACUUUAAAAAUUGAAAAAGAACCAACCUGAAAAAUACUACGACUUCUUUAAGAAGCUAAUGGACAGACAACUUCCGGCAAGUAACUAGUACAAACCAGUCAGUUUAAAAGGAUAUUAAGCAAUAAAAACGAAUUAAAAGAA